UCUGGGAUCCAGGCGCAAUGCAUCACGGGACUUCCUUUCUCUCCGAGGCCAUAUUGGAGUUCACUUAAAGUUGGCCGGUCCGGACUAACUCGCAAAAAUGGUGGCCGCAAAGAAAACGAAAAAGUCUAUGGAGUCCAUCAACUCUCGUCUCCAGCUGGUGAUGAAGAGUGGAAAAUAUGUCUUGGGCUACAAACAGUCUCAGAAGAUGAUUCGUCAGGGAAAAGCUAAGCUGGUUAUCCUGGCCAACAACUGCCCAGCCCUCAGGAAAUCUGAGAUUGAGUACUACGCCAUGCUGGCCAAGACUGGUGUCCACCACUACAGUGGCAACAACAUAGAGCUGGGCACAGCCUGCGGGAAGUACUACAGGGUGUGCACACUGGCCAUCAUUGACCCUGGCGAUUCCGACAUCAUCAGGAGCAUGCCGGACCAGCAGCAGCAGCCUCAGUAGAGCUGUCCCCUGUUUGGAAAUAAAGUAUAAUAAAAAACAAAAACACAAAAGCAAA